UUAAUUAACACUGGUCUGGGUGACAGCGGUGGGGCCAGACUUGGCCCGAUGAAGCUUGGCACCCUUUAUCUGAGGAUUUGCGCCAAGACAAAGUUGACAAAUGCUCCGUGUUCUGACACCGAUUUGUAUAUCCAGAGUUACGGUCACGUGACUCCGCACACCGUGGCAGGCCAGAUCAUGACCAUACUCUAUGCAGUGGUUGGCAUCCCGCUCUUUUUCUGCUAUCUCACAACAAGUGGCAACUACUUGGCAAGCCUUUUCCGUGGGUGCUACGUUCGAGUGUGCCGACCAGCCUGUCAUUCAAUGGGCAAAGGCUGCAGUCGUUCAAACGGGACUAUCAAACCCUCAAGGAAGCAGUCUCAUAUUAAGUCAGGAAGCCAGAUAGUUUUGACUGAAAGAAAACAAGAGCGGCAUUCGGUAUCCAGUGAACCUAAUAAACGUCGAAUACAUACCAGUGAGACCAAACCCCCAGUGGUUGAAGCCGAAAAGGUGGCGGUCCCAAUCUCACUCACACUAUGCAUGAUGGCUGUGUACAUAGUUGUUGGAGCAACAGUGUUCACAUUUUGGGAGGAAAAGGAUUUCAUAAGUUCAUCCUACUUUUGCUUUGUCACUCUAUCAACCAUUGGAUUCGGGGAUAUCGUUCCA